GGCAGGAAUGUGGGUACACACAGGGGGUGAGAAGCCCCACUAAUACUAUCAACGUCAGUUCGUAAUGGCCACGCGAAGAUGUACUCGGGUAGAGCAAGACGUGCUGGGAGAUCCUUGAGAAGACGUCAUGAUAACGAAGAUGAUAAUAUCGUGUUGGACUCAGGACGGGGUGUGUCAGGGGUCAUCCGAGAGAUUUUGGGAGUCGUAUGUAGAGAAGAUGGCAUUUCCAAAGGCCGCUGUCUUGGUUACCUCAAUGCUGCAGUCAGAGCAAUAUCUAAAAUUACAGCGUCGAACCACUCCAAAAAAUCACCAUUCACAGAUGAAGAAAAAAAUAUGUUUGAUGAGAUAGUGUCGAUGAAGAAUGAUACUUCCUCACCAAGUACGAAGGUUAAUUUUGGCGAAGACAUAAUCACUGGGGAACAGUACUUUUGCCUGUUGCGAUGCUGUCUAGUCCACAAAGGAAAGGAGGUGCGGGCUGGUGGUCUUCGGCUCUUGCGGUACCUCAUUCAGACACCAGAGGAUGUACAGGCUCUUAUUACAGUGAAUACUGUACCUCUUAUGAUUAGGUGCAUGGACAUAAUGCUUGAUAAUCAAAUAGAACGUGUACAGAGCCUGAGAUUGGCUCGCCGAAUGCUGCAAGUAGCACCUAGUCUCUUUCCAGUUGCUCUAGCUCGUUGCCUUAUUGCUAUUGCUCGUGACGGAGCCAAGGAGAGGGAUAGGCUUCUUCGAUCUGCUCUUGCCACUCUUAAUGAAAUGGCUGUGCUAAACACCGCUGUGUUUGUGGAGUGUGGUGGGGUCGGUGUUUUGCUGCACAACGUCCUGGACUGUGCAAUGCCGCGGAUUAAUGAAGCUCUUAUGGGUGCCAUACUCUACCUGCUCAACACCCCCACCUGGCGAUCACAUUGCUCUCAGCUGCACCAGAUCCUUGCACCGUUCUCUGAUUUCCAUUACAAACACACGAGCUAUGAUCUUGAAUAUUAUAGCAAAAGUGAGGAGCGUGAGCUGCGUACACAGGCUGGGAAGAUGGCUGUGUUAGUGUGCCUGAGGUCAUGGCCUGGGCUGGUGGCACUCUGUCAGCCAAACACAGCAGCACUUAGAUCCCUUGUGGCAUUACUCUAUCCUAAUCAUGAGGAUACCAGGAAAGCUAUCAUUGAGCUGCUUUACGAGUUGUUCCGAGUGCCUCUCGGGGAGUGGACCGGUGACUAUGAAGAUGCUCUCUCUGAGCAUGUAUCUGUCUCUGCAUCAGACACAGACAUGUGGCGCCUUCAUGAAGGUUUUGUGGCAGCAGAGUCUCGGGCAGUCUUACCUCAUAUUGCCAAAUUUAGACCGAAUCUCAUCCAGAACCACUUAGCCCUGGUACUCUACACGUUAAUGUGUGUGGAUCUGUUCCCUGCUUUGUGUGAGGUCAUUGUUACCAGCUCGGCUCCUUUGUCGGUCAGGACAACCAUUUUACUAGGCGAAUUGCUCCACCAAGCUAACCAAAACUUACCUAGUGAAUGCGGUUCUCUUUCCCAUUCGCUCCCUAUCCUGUUGGAGAGAGCGGCUGGUCAAGAUGCUACUCAUCGCAUGCGAGCAACACAGGCCAUCACUGCGCUGUUGACGUUGGCUCGGGCCAAACUCAAUUCUCAAAAUAAUUCUACCAGUCUGUAUUUAGCACACAUUAUUCAGUGUUCACCAAAGGCAAAGGAAUGCAUCCCUAAAGUUUACACUUCGUCGUCAAAUGCCAAACUCAGCAAGUGGCUGGGUAAAGAUCACGACGAGUUGAUCCACCAAACUCUGAAAGACUCAGAAGUGUUAAUCUUUGGAAGAGACCCUCACUUGUGGAAGUGGGAGCUCAUCAUUCCUGUACUCAGGUGGCCUACAUCUUCCUUGCAACGAUUGGAUGACAGCAGCUACAGACUCUUUGUGAGACGAGUUUUGCACUUUUACAAGCCAAGUUCUGGACUAUUUGCUAAUGUAGACCUCACUCACGACCUUGCGCAGGUGUUUGCUCAAGGACUGCUCCACUUCUGUGACUUUCUUCUGGGUGCAUCUGAGGAUGAGUGCAGUAAACACUUUGAAGAAUUAUUAGUGGAUGUGAGUACAAACCUGUCGUAUGUACUGUGCGAGCGUCCACUCCAUGAUGCUGUACUUUCACCGUCGCGCCUUAACACCACCACCGCACAAUAUUAUUUUCUUGCUCUGGGUAGACUCUCUCAUUCACAGCGUGGAUACGACAUGCUUCUGAAAGCUGGAAUCUUUGAACAAUUGCAAGAGCUGGUCAGUGUAUCCAUGAGUGAUAUGUAUGCCAAGCUUGUGUCCACCUGUUUAGACUACUCUAUCAAUGGACUCAACAGAGCCAUUUUGACGAAACUUCUAACUGGGUGCCAAGAGUCAGCUCGAGUUUAUGCCACUCAGUUUCUCCGAGCGCUGGUCCGGGUCGGCGCGGCACACUUUGCCCGUUGGGGAGUGGAGCUGCUGGUGGCCCAGCUAUACGACGAGAGCCGUGUUGUCUCUCUGGCAGCAUUGGAUGUUCUGGAGGAAGCUUGUGAUAAUGAGGAGUACCUGGAUGCCAUCCUGAGCGCUCCGCCAUCCGUCUUGCACUUGGGUGAUCGAGGGCAGCUACUCAUGGCCAAGUUGAUUUCUUCUCCUAGAGGAUUUAGGGCAUACCAUGAAGCCAAUUUCAGUAAUACUUUACUGGAUAAAUGGUCUACAACAUAUAAUUAUAAAUACGUGAAGCUGAUGCAAACUGCUGUUGCCGACUCCUUGACUCAACACCAGCGAGGGGAAGAUGGUGCAUACGGAAGACGCACAGGCAGCAAGCACGUUGUUCACGAUGUUUUCCUCUUGCCACAUCUGUACGGAUCUCUCACACAGCACAAGGAAGGUUUCUCUAUCCUCAUGCAACAUGAUGCUGUGAGAACUAUGGUUCAAAUUGUGAAAGCUGGUGUUGUUUCUACUGCACAAGAUAUCUACCAGCUUAAGGUUGCAAUCUGGGCCAUGGGCCACUUAGGGCUCAGCAGCGAUGGUGCAGGGUUUCUAAGCUGCGAGGGGGUGCUGCCGGCCCUCUCCCACCUUGCAGCAACUUGCCCUGUGUACUCGGUGCGAGGUACCUGUUUUCAUGCUCUGUGCCUGGUGGCCACAACCAGGGAGGGGAGUAACUUGCUCAGGAAAUAUGGCUGGGAGUGUGUACAACGUCACCAUCAUGAAUGUUGGCAGUUUGUGGAGGAAAAAGUGGAUGUAUGGUCACCAACGACCAAUCAGGGACAGGUUGAUGAGAAUUACAUUAAUAUCGGUGGUCACCAAAUUUCUGAGAGUGAUGCCGAUGACUUCGAACUUGUAAAACCAGGAUUUUAUGUGGGGGAUGACUCUGAGGAUGGCAGUGAUGGUGGAUCCCUGCUUGUGGAAGGUAUUGGUCUAGAUGACUCUUACCCCACAACAGGUAAAAGUCAGACUCUGCCACACAAGUCCAAACCUCCGUCAGUUAUGGGACACCAGAGGAGUCUCUCUGAUUGUGCGCCAGUAAUGGAGGAGCAUGCAUCAGACCAGCCACAGUUAACACCCUCACAGGAUGAUCUGACUAUUGGCAAGAGGUCAUCACUCCGCUUGAGCAAACUCCUUGCUAGUGUGCGUAGAAAAUCUGAAAAACGUCGGGAAUCUACUAGCUCUCGUGCCAGCAAUUCCUCCACAGCUUCUGAUCGUAUGACUGAUCGCAUGGCAGCAUUCCUGCAGUCUGCACGGCGUAUCAGGGGAGUCAGCUCUCGAAGCCAUUCACUCACCGACCCCACAGGGUCAGACGACGAGGCUGGAGAUCAGCGCUAUACCUUGAGCUCGGACUCGCUGUCAGAUCCAGCGCAGGACAUGGACUUCUCUGCUGCUGAAUUGCCACACGACAGUCCAGAGAUUUCUAGAGAAUACUCGCAGACAGAUGUCCACACCCCUUUACCAGUCAGGACACAAGUUAUGGGAUUACCAACACACGGAGAAUUGUGGCGGAUGAAGAGUCUCCUUCGGCACCAAAGGGAUUGCCACUUGAGUCCCAUUGCCAGUGGAGCCUCGUUAGCUACAAUUGGCUCUCAUGCCACUGCAGAAGGUGGAGUGGAGUUAAGACGAGGAGGACGGGCUGGUUCCAUCCGAGGGUCAAGUGGGGCCCUCUUCGCUGAGGAUACUGUAGACAGAGCUGCUGGUAACACAACUCCUGUCAUGCUUGGAGCUUCUAUAGUAACAGGCCAACCAUUGUCUACCCAGAGUUAUCUCACGUUACGCUCUAUCACCAAUCACCGUAGGGUCGUGUCUGAGUCGAGCCAAGAUGAAAAAACAACUCGUAACUCACUGAAAGGAUUUCUGUCUUCUAGCUAUGAUCAUAGCGGAACAUAUUUAAUGCGCAAUUUGCUUGAUGUGCAAGGGAUGGUGCGAUCUCCAUCAGGCUGCAGCGAGGUGUCGUCUGUACGCUCGGGGGGCGUCCGAGGCGGUGGUUUGAGUAGCAGUGCCGGCAGAGGACUCGGCAGUCAGCUUCAGAGUAGUGUUUCACCUGUACAGUCUGGCCAAUGUUAUUUGGGGUUUGCCCUGCCACUCGACCUAGAUUUACUGCUGUAUGACGCUACGGCUGACAAAAAUUCACAGCAUGCAGAAGUGGGAGGUGUAAAUGUUGCUAGCACUACUAAUGGCACCUCUGGGAAAGACAGGUUUCCUGCCAUCACAGAAUCUGAGCUGGAGACCCAGUCAGAGGACAGAAGCACUAAGCAGCAAGGAACCUCAUUUAGCAAUGGAAACAGGAAAGUUUGCACGGAAAAAACUGCAGGACUAGACACUGAUGGAACAGGUCUGGAUCUCCACAGACCAGACACAUGUAUAGCGUGCUUCUCCCUAGCUCCGCCCUCCAUGCACUCCAGCCCCUUGCAUAAAUGUGAGGGUGAUGGCCAGGGGGCUGAGGGUGUGAUGCUGGUGGUGGAGUCUCCUCCACUGCAGCGAGUCAAAGCCACCAGCGAAGCCUCGGAAGCAUCGGAAUCCUCCAGUGUCAAUAGCCAGGGCUGGGAUGACACAGGUGAAGGAAAGUCUGGUCCCGAGCGAGUGAACCAGCUGCUGAUCAGGAAGGAGGUACUGCGCUUCAUAACCAAUCUGUUGUCUUCCAUAGCUGCCAAAUCAUCAGAAUCAGGACUGUUAACACUAAAGCAGCGAUGGCCUCAUGCAUUCCGUGACCUAUGUCUCUACUCUGAGAUUUGCCAAAUUCUUGCUUGCUAUAACUACCGCUUGACGGCUCGCCGCUUCAUACAAGAACUAUUCAUGGAUCUUACAUUCAGUGAGGUAUUUGCCGAGGCUAAUCGUUUACUAAGCAGUCAGCUGGAGGGACUGUGCGAGACUGUCAACCCUGUGGUGCACGAGAGCACAUCAACCAUGCACUCAUUCUCCCUCCAGGCUCCAACCAUGCCUGACAUUGCCGAGGUUAUGUUGUCUGAUAAGUCAGAUAGGGAAGAAGAUUGCUAGUGUUACAUACAUUAUAAUAGUGAUUAACAUUAUUCUGGUCAUCUUGAAUGCACAAAUCUACGUUCCUUUCAAGAACCUAUAACAACAUCUACAUGAAAUGCCAUUUAAAAGCUAAUCAAUUAAAUGAAUUUUAUUAAAACAGUCCCAAAGCAUGAAAAGUAACUAGUUAGACAGAAAAUAAAAAACAGAUCUGUAUGUUUCAGCCUUAGUCAGUAAUCAGAGACCCUCUUCAUCUGCUGAAUAGAGUCCAUGACCAUUUUUCUAUUUCCAGUGUUCCAGUUUUCUGUAUAAAUAGUAUCUCACUUUUCACCAAAAUAUAAAUUUUGGUUUUGGUAACUUAUUCCAAGUGCAUAUUUAUAAAAAUCACGGCAUACAUUUUGUUGAGCAUUUUGAUAAAUGUGGCUUUGUAAAAUGGCAUAUCAUGCAGUUGUAUUACGUUCUUGUCCCGCCACCACCGAUUUCUCUAGUUCCCUUUAAGAAAUUAAGUUAAGGAUGCACUAACUGGCAGCGGCUCAGGUAUUCAGUUUAAAAGUGUGGUAAUUGUCUUCAGACUGAAGUAUAGAUGCUCAGCAAGGUUUGGAGAAGCAGUUUUGAAGUGGGUAAACAUUUGGGUCACUUCACCAUCUGUAAGGCACUGAGUUGCCUGUAGUUAUUAAUAUUAUUACCAUCGUGGGGGGAGUGCUAAACCCGUAGGGAUUAUACAGUGCCUAUGGGGGGGGGAGGACUUGGAUGAAAGGCAUUCAGGUUCAGUUCAAUGAACUGGAACACAGAUCAGAUCAAGAGCCCCUCACCAGCAUCAAAGAACCUUCCUUGAUGAAAGUUACCUGUAAUAAUAAUGCUUAUACAUAAAAUUCACAACACUGUAGCUGAAACAGUUUGCAAGUAACCCACAAGUUAGUUUAAUCUGGAGGUUUUGGUUAGUUUGGGACCAUCCUCUAUCAACUCCAUAUCAGUCUUAGAUGAAAUUAGUUUCAUUUUCAACUUGUGGGAUAGUUGUUAGUCAUGAGAAUAUAUAUAUCAGCCAGUAAAUUCUUUUUUUUUCUUGUAUCCUUCGUCAUCCCAUUGUCUUGCUGGGAUGAUACUUUUUCAGUGUCUGACCUGUGUUUCAUUUUUGGGAGUAAAGUCACAUUGUGUUGCAUUUUGUUUGACACAGGUCCGCUUACCCCAGACUAGCCAUUUCAUUUUUCGAGUAGGAAAUUAUAGCAACUUCUAUAUGGACAAUUUCCCCAUACUAUUUAGUGUCAGUGUGAAAAGAGAGCGAAACACAGUUGCGACUUGGUUUAUAUCAGCUAUGGAAAAAGAAGUUUCUUAAUGAUUCAUUUGUGUCAAGUUUAUAUUCGGAAGGUUUAUGGAUUCAUCUUUCAUAACUCAGUGCCUAGACAGUGGGAGGAAGAGAGAAUAGAAGGCUGGAUUCUUAGGCUGAAAUAGGUCAAUACUAGUGUAUUAUUUUUUCACCUGUCCUCCAAAUGGAGCAUUCAUUUAAAUAUUGGCAAAAAUUGUAUAUUAGGUUAGGGCAACCUAGCCUAACGUGGUUAACGAUGCAAAUAUAUGCUAAUUUAUCAGUAACAAAACAGUUUACAGGAAGUCCUCAACCUAUGAAUACGUUUGAGACGUCCUGAAUUGUGUAUAAUAAUGAUAUCCACAAAGAUAAGAUUCCCAACGUGUUUGUAAGGCGAGGACUUGCUGUGCAUUUAACAGUAGAGAACACCGUUGCUUGAAGCAUCUUAUUAUCAUCAUAAUUGAGUGGUAAACCCACAAGGUCAUGCAGCGCUGUUGAAGCGUCGUACCUUUCCCGCAGUGCUCUGUUUUGAAGGACCAGAUGUUUCUGAAGCUACCAAGGGAGGGAUAAUAAUAGAAGGGUGUUUCAGAGUUGGCAUUCCUUGUUAUAAAUUGAGCAAGAUUCUGAAUCUGCAAGUUCCGUAUAUUUUGAAACUGACAUUUUUUGUGUAAAUAUAUUGUACAGUGUUGGACCAUAAAGAGAAAAUAAAUAUUAACAUUAUAAAUGAAUGUACAGACUACAUAUGAAAACUUAAUAUAUAUAUAUAAAAUUUGUUUGCUCAAUCUAUGACACAAGUAGUAAUGGAGAUAAAAGGUAUAAAAUACCAUCACAAUGGAAAAAUAAACACAAAUGCAAUAUAUAAUGUGAUUCUUUAUUGAGUACAUUUUGCCCACACUGUGAGCAAAACAUAGUCUAUAAAGGAACACAUUAUAUUGCAUUUGUUUAUUUUUCCACAAGUAGUAAUGACCGAACUAGGUGGCCCUUGACAGUGAGAAAGCCAAAGAUUGUCUCUUAAGACAUGGUGGUGUGCCUUGUUUGUGGUCAUUGCGGAGCUGCCGAAUUAUUCAAGUUGACGGUUUCCCAGAAAAAAAAGGGGGGGGGGGGUAAAUUAUUUAUGAGAAUGCAAAGUCUGCUGACAAGCCAAAGCUAUCCUGUUGCCAUUGUUUUAUUUUUAAGUUACUUUUAUGGUAUUCCAGUAAGCUAUUGCAUAGAAAAUAAUUUGACCUGAUUAACUACAAUAAUACGAACUGUUUGUAUGUUGGCUCAAAUUUUGUAGUGCCACUUGAGUAAGGGUGAAUAAAAAUAGGGAAAUCAUUUUUUCUUUAGUUUUGAAACAGUUUUGAUAUUCAGGAAUGAAUUCAGUUCAGCACUUCAUUAUAUAGUAAUAAUAUGACUAUAAUUCAGUAAUUUACAAUGUUGUACAUCAUUAGCUAAUGCAAGCACAGUGAGGUCUAGAUUAUGUUAAAAAUGAAUAAUUGAGAGGGGCAGGAAGAUGGUGCAUGAUUAAUGAACUGAGGCAGACAGGAAGAUGCUAUUUGCAGUGAAUCCUUUAUUAUGAUGUUUCAUUUGGAGCCAAAAUUAAUAGAAUACUGUAUUCAAAAGCACACUGACACAAUCUUAAGCGCAAAUGAGAAUCCUGAGGUGAGACUCAGGAGAGGUCACGUGAAAUAGUAAUCAGAGUCAUUAUAAUAAAGAUGGACAAGCGGAAGCACCAGGCAGGUCCAGAUGAAGUGCUUUUAUUAUGUAAAUCCUGUACAGUUGGACCUGCCAGUGUGUACAUUCCCAUGUUUUGUUCAGUAGUGUCAGGUGUAUGACUGCUUUCAGGAACCUACAUCUUGUAUCCUGUUGAUGUGACUGCUGUACUACACCAUAGUCCAUGAUGUGGGAGUGUAGAUUGUGAAUAAUACAUUCAUUGCUGAUUGCAUCCAUCCUUUAAGCACAUUUGUGAUCCUGCAGGUGAUGUAUAUCUUAGCAUUCCAUGUAGAGGAUCUAGUACGAUGUGCAUCAGUGUGACCUUCAGACUUGCCUGCAGCAACACAAAUAUGUGUAGAGGAUGGAUAAAAUUCUCAUGCUCCACACUUGCAAAUCAUGGAGUAGCACAACAGUUACAGGUGUUAUAAAAUUGGUACUGCUGUAGUGACAAAUAUUCAAGCACUGAUAAAAAGUUAAGGGGGCAAAAUACUGCACAUGAUUAGCAUUACUGCUAUACAGUUUGUGUUGUAACAAUACAGUCUUUAGAAUAUAUUGUUGUAACACAAACAGCUGACCUUCACACCAACAAGUGUGCAUGGUUUUAAAUAAAAACUAUUUCCUAUAGACCUCCCAGCCACUCAACACACAGACCCAGGAUAUAUACAUUCAGUUAUCUGUCCUCUCCUGAGCUUUACCUUGAUGAGGCUGUGUUUUCAUAUACUUGAUGACUUCCAGUCCUGGAUAGAACAUUGUGAUGGUCUUGCUGCAAAAUGCAUCUUUCUCACUAAUGUUUAAUGAGUUGGUUGGUUCUCAUUAAAAAUGUAAAAUUUGUUCGAAAUGAAGGAUUUCUGUAUUGUAUAAUGUAAAAUUCUGAAUACAGUAUUUAAAAAUGUAUUACCAUAGGCUACUUAAUUAGGUAAGACAGUAAACCCUGAAUUUAACGAAUUUCAGAAAUGCUAGAUAACAUUCGCUGAGUCACUUGAUAAGGAACUCUUGGAUAAAUUUCAUUGGCAACAGAAUUGUUACAAUCACCGCAAGACAGUCUAUCCAUCACAGUCGCCAUCGUUGGCUGCACAUUUCUUGCCCCAUUAGUCAAAUAGAGUGAGGGUUUACUGUAACGUACUUACGUAUACAUGGCUGCAGGGGUUGAGUCUUGGCUCAAGUGUUUAUCUAGCUGCAUCAUUCAAGAAAGGUACCCCAAAAGUCCAGCCUCCUCAACUUUAUUGCAAACAACAGUACUACAGAGAGUGGUAUGCAUUUUUAAUUAUUAUAAUCAGAAAAAGCGUGCUUUUUUUUUUUUAAACUUGAAUAUCAACAUUGGAGGUUUGAAGUCAGUCUAUAGAGGCAUUCACAAAUUAUCACAUGGAAGCUAUCAGUUUAAUAUUAUAACUUAAGUGCUAAAUUCACAAGGGUCAUACCAUGCUGUGUCAACUUAAUAUGACAAAUUGGCAUCCACACAGCAAUUAAAAUCUUCUAUUAAUUAACAUAAGCCAGCUUUGAAAAUUUAUCCAUGGUAGAGAUAAUUAAAUACCAUUUUAUUAACCCUUAAACUGCCCAAACGUAGAUAUACGUUCACAUGUGGGUGGCUCUAAACAUAAUCUACUUUUUUUUUUCAUGCUUUCAAAUGGAUGGGGGGAAGGUCGGAGCGCUAUGCACAUGAAUGUAGAUCUACGUUUGGACAGUUUAAGGGUUAAACAUUUAUAAUAUCGAGGUGCCAUAAUUUACAACAUAAUAGGGCCAUGCAGCACGUUGGUGGUUACCUAUUGCACAUACAGUACUAUUACACAUUUAAGGAAAUGCCUUUAAACUCAAGUGGCAGCUUAGAAUUUUGUCCAUUUUUUUUUUCCCAAAUAUUUGCCUCAGGUUUAGGAAGUUAGUUUCCAAGGACUCUGUCAGUAGACGCUUGUUACAGGUUUAUGUCGUAAAACUUGGUCAUUAAAUGUUACAAGAUGGGCAAAAAAUUACUUGUACAUGUUAUCUUUAUGAAAAAAAUAUAAGUGAAAAGUGAACAGAGCAGAAAAAACAUGGCACCAAUGUGCACAUGCUUGCAGUCCUGUGAAAUUAAUUUCACUGGCGUGUGUGUAAAUGCUCUGGUGUUUAUUUUUGAUGUCUCGCCGAUUUUUCUUAAAUUUGUAGUUAUUUUUUGCUAUGCUGCUAUACAUUCAAGACAACAUUAUACCAGAGCAUAAAGACUAGAAUACAGAAUGUACUGUUUUGCUCAUCUUGUCUCAUUUUGAGACUGACUUUAGGCAAUUAAUUAAUAUUCUGCCUUAAUGGUGCAAGUAGACGUAGUUAGCCAAUGUACCUGACGCUUGACCAAAUGUGAAGCUUUUUUGUAAGUGCUGUUAGACUCUUUUAUGUCCAAUUCUUCAUUUUUAUUACGCUUUGUACGAGUAGCAGUCAUUCAGGACUUUCCAGUACCAGGUUCUAUAUUUCCAGGGGAAUUAUAACAUUUUAUACAAUGCUAAGGUAUUUAUGGUCUAGACCUCUGUGUACUAUAUGCAUAAAUUUAUGGUGCAUGGAACAAGUGCCAAUGGUAUCGCUGUUAUGAAUGAGAUACUGUUCGAAUGGGUCAUGACUUUGUGUUUUGUUAUAUUUCCUGCAACUUGAGGGAAAAGUGGCAAUAGUUUUGACUACUUAAUUGUAUUUAAUUUUGGUGGUGAAUAAGUCACAAAGUACCACGUUACAAUAAUUUGUGUCUAGCCUACAAGUCGGAGAUGUAAAACUGAAUAACAUUUUGGUCAGCGACUAGAAUGUGUAGUUUAAUCUCCAGUUUAUUGUGAAUUUGCUGUUGCAGUAAUAAGAGUACAUAAUUAAAUGCAUGGAUUUAAGCAUCAUAAACACUGACCGAUGCAACCUGAGAAACAUUUUGGAGAGAAAAUUGAAACUUGGUAAAAGAGAGAGGUGUAUACCUCAACCUCAGUAUUAUGUCAUCAUCUGUUGGAGAGGGUCCCUUGUCUUAAUUAUCUCUCUCAAGUGAUUUCUCACUUAAAAUUAUAUGCCUGAACAAAUACAUCAUGCCAAGAAUAACUGUUACAUAGUAUGCCUUCCACAUGACAUCAUUUUCUUAGUUCUGCAAAAUAUGCACAGCUUACUAACUUUUUAUAUAUACAUUACUAGAUUUUAUAUAGUUGAAAAUACCAUUGUAUGUUCAAAACAAUACAAAUUACUCUGUGCCAAUAAACAGGUGUGCACCUUCGUCCCUCAGGUAAUGGUUUGUAUAUUUGAUCUGUUGUUCUUUUUUAUUGUUGGCAGCUGUUUUUCUAGUGUUUGAUAGUAUAUAUAAUUUUUUUUUAUGUUGGGACUGUCCUACAAAUCAAGUGAAAAAAUAAAAGCCUCAAACUGC